AUGCGAACGACCAAAAGCGGCAAAGUGACGGAAUUCGGGAACACCAAGCUUCGCAUCAUCGAGCGCAUCGCUGUCUCUACAGAGUUCGACACGGCACUGGACUUUCUCAAGAACAUGACAGAAGGCGGAGAGAGAUUACUCAGCCUCAAGGAUCUGGAACAAUGCGCGGCGCAUUUUGACACGGGCAAGAAGGGAAGACAGCAAUCAAGAAAUCGAGGAGGAUCCAGCUCUGCAGCGACGAGCACUGUAGUCAGUCAAGCCGACGAAAGCGAACCGAGCUAUCAGUCUAUGGCACAACCUCUGGACUCGUGGAACGGCUUCACACUCGACCAAAGCCCGAUGCCUCUGCAGACCGGAUCUUCCAUGCCGCCGCUCAAACGACCGAGUCCAGAAGCCUUUCAAAACAUGUCCGUAUCGCCAGUGGAUUCAAAACGACCUCGCAUGGACACCCUCUUCGACACUCACCACACAGACUUCUCGUACCACAUGUCCGAGCUGGACAUGUGCAACACGGCGAAUCUGACCGUUCCUCAGCGGUACCAUCAGAGCGACACGAGCAUGCGAGCCUCACCGAGCAUGCGAGCCUCACCGAGCAUGCGAGCCUCACCAAGCAACCCACCUCCCCGAUCGCCAUCCCAAGAUCCAGCAAGGGCAUUACUGAGCAUCCACCCACACGCCGGAAGCAUUUUCUCAAACCUCAACACCGCGUUCGACGACUUGCUCGCCCGAAUCGAAGACCACCAACAAAUCGUCAAGACCGCUCUCGAUCAAUUGCGCAUGGCCACAAACGGCCUGAGUGUAGUAUCUGGGAUUUCUCCCAGCGCCAACGAUCGUGAAUUGGAGAAUACUCUGCGGACGGCACAGAGGAAGGAAGCACGCGCCCGUCAUGAUCUGGAACAGGCGAGAUCGGCAAGAGACGUGAUCGAUGUCGAGUAUGGCCACAUCGGCACGUCGCUCUCUCGUGCAUUGGUGGAUACCGUACGAGCCGAGUACUCGCGUGCAGGAGUGGCCAUGACACAGGCGCAGGCAGACGUUGAGGCUGCACGACAACGACUGAGCAAUGCGAACAACCGGGAACAGGUCCUGAAGCGGACGAAAGAUGUGGCAGAGGUCGGCAUCGACCAGCUGCAGCGGCAGACCAGGUUCUGGCUGAAAAGACUGGCAGAGGCGGGAGUCAAGCUGACAGAUCAGUUGGGGACCUUGCAAGGAAGUGAUACAGGGCGAACGUCAUAG